UUUUUUAAGUCUAUAUUUUUUCCACCAAAUGUCAUUGUAGAGUUCUUAUGUCUACGCUACGUUCAAUAACCAACAAGACUUAUGCUGUAUACGGUCUAAAGAACUUUAUAUACAAUAAUAGAUUGCAAAAUACUCAAGUCAAGAAAAAUCUGUCUCUCAUUCAUGUCGAUACCCAAACUUCGAAGAUGUCUACACAAGCUGUCGAUUUAAAGAAGAUAGCAUGUCAGGCUAUAGAUGAAUCUACAGCAAUAUUAGGACAGCUUAGUCAAGAAAUAUGGAACAACCCAGAACUUGCAUUUGAAGAGCAUAAGGCUCAUGCAACACUUACAAAAUUCCUUGAAAAGCAGGGAUUUGACAUAGAGCAUCACUAUACAUCUCCCACAGGCUUCAGGGCUGAUUUUGGAACUAGUGAACAUCCCCAACCCCAUGUAGUUGUGAUAUCAGAGUAUGAUGCACUGCCAGAGAUUGGUCAUGCAUGUGGUCACAACCUUAUAGCUGAGGUGGGAGUUGCAACUGGUAUAGGAAUCAAGGCAGCCCUACAGCAUGCUCUGGAGACGAAUCAACAAAUAGGCAAGGUUACAGUUCUUGGGACACCAGCUGAGGAAAACUGUGCAGGUGGGAAGAUCGAUAUGAUAAAACAUGGUGUCUUCAAUGACUUUGACUUUGCUCUGAUGGCACAUCCAUUCAAGAUAACAAUGGCCAGACCUCUCAAGUUCGCCCUAGACAUGGUAACAGUGAAGUACCACGGGAAGCCGAGUCAUGCUGCAGGGUUCCCAUGGGAAGGAGUGAAUGCCUUAGAUGCUGCAGUAUGCUCAUAUAACAAUAUAUCUUGUCUUAGACAACAGAUGAAACCAAAUUGGAGAGUACAUGGUAUCAUUACAAAUGGCGGCUCCAAGCCUAACAUUAUCCCAGAAAAUACUGAGUUGUGUUUCUAUCUGCGUGCACCUACUGUAGCUGAACUGAAGGUGCUUUCCCAGAAGGCAACACAAUGUUUCCAAGCAGCUGCUAUGGCAACAGGAUGUGAGGUCGAUAUUGAGUUUGGUGAAAAGAGUUAUGCAAAUAUGGUGACUAACUCUACACUAGCUGGACUGUAUGAGGCAAACACAGAUGAGGCCAAGGUGGCUCUUUGUACAGAUGAGGCUCUUACAAAGUCACCAACUGGGUCUACAGACUUUGGCAAUGUUUCUCAGUUACUACCAUCCAUUCACCCUAUGUACUACAUUGGAACCUCUGUUGCUAAUCAUACAAGGGAAUUUGCAGUAGCAUCAGGUACACAAGAAGCUCAGGAUUAUACACUCAGGCAGAGCAAGUGUCUGGCUAUGACAGCAAUAGAUGUUCUGUGUAACCCUAACUUGCUGGUCAAGAUGAAGGAAGAACUACAUGGACAGUUACAGCAGAAACAGAAACAGACAAUAGGGUGACAAGAAGCAAUGAGAGAGUAGUUGACAAUUAGGACUGUCUUGUAUGUUUGGCAAUAAGUUCAACAUAAUCACUCUCAUUUAGGGGAAGGGUUGAACAAUUGCAAUAUUUUUUAGCAAUAGUAAUUUUUAUAGGAGUGAAAGGGUAUAUUAUAGAAAGAUCGUUGAACAAUUAGUGGCAGAUAAUGUACAUGUACAUUCAACUUUAUUAUGUUUAAUAAGAUUUGAUAAAAAGGGGGUAUGUGGGGGUCUGAGCCAUCAUUAAAUUAUUAGCUGUAAAUAGGGUUAAUUUGGCAAUUUGCCAUUUUUGUCCAUUCAAUCACUCAUAGCAUCUGAGAAGAAAUGAGAUGUCACAGUUUAUCAUGAUGAUUUUUGGCAUAUUGGCGGCUACUUAAUUUAGCAAACACUAUGACUUGGACAACACUAUGAGACCAAUAUUCCUUCAAUUCAACUACUAUAUAUUGUAAUUUAUUAAUGAAGCAACUCCCCUGAGCCAAUUUAGAAGAGAUAUGUUCUGAUUAUCACCCUUAUCCUUUUCAGAUUUUGUAGAAACUUAACCAGAUUGAGAAGUGACUUAAAUACACCAGAAAAAAUUCCUGGGGAUACUUUUUAAACUUUGUUGAAGAUGUAAAUUGGCAUUUUUUCAAAUGCGCCAAAAUAAA